AUGAACCAGAACUUUGUGCACAACCUUGGCGAGCUCUGGAAUCAAGUCGAAGAAGGAAAACCGAUAGAGCUCCGAGAAACAGCUUUGCGAAAAAUCUUCGAUGAAAAAGGAUACAGAUCAUCUGCCGACUACCCCGCUUGCUCGUUCUUUAAAGAUCUUCUGCGAAUGAACCCAAAAGCCAAGGUCCUUCUCUCCGUCCGCGACAAGCCGGAGGACUGGUACAAAUCAGUUCACUCGACGAUUUUUGUCCGCCAAACAGGAGGAGAUGCCCCGCUUCAUCAGAAAAUCUUUCCUUUUGGGCUUCAUGAAUGGAUCUUGAAACCAAUUCCAUGGCUCCCAGACGCGUCAUCUGAUAAACUUGGCAAAAUAAUUAUGCGAAUGUUUCUCGGAAAACCUCAUGACUUUUCGCAAAAAGGUCUUGAAAACGCGUACACGGAAUGGAAUGAACACGUGAUCUCGAAAGUCCCGCAAGACCAACUUUUAGUUUUUAAUGUCAAAGAAGGCUGGGAACCACUCUGCCGCUUCCUGAAUAAGCCGAUUCCGAAUGAACCCUUUCCGAAUACAAAUAAGAAAUCAGAUGUUGAUGAUGAAUCUGUCACGAAAGAAAUUAUUACCCUCGGAUCUGUCGUUGUUUUCUACGGAGGUAUUGCUUUCCUCGGAUUUCUCUCAUACAAGCAUGAUUUAAAAGGGUCUCUGACUCGAGGUCUUGGUCUGUUAAAUACAUAA